CGACCGCUCAUAGCUAAUAACCUUUAUCAGUUACAGGCGUAUUCUGUUUUAUUCUGAUUAAAAAACAAGUCACUUUCCACACAGAAGCAGAAAGUUUACAGGAUUCGAUAUCGUUGUGUAAUAACAGAAAACACUUGGCUUACGAACUACCAAAACCGAAACGUACUAGCAAGCUACUUAGCCACCUAUUUCCAUUCCUCAUGUUGCUUCGGAAAGGUAGCGACACUUCUAAAUUAAUUAUUUGAUUGCAGAACCAUUUACAUAUUAGUUAGGUACUUACUGUCCAAGUAAUGUUCCAAAUAUAUUGCCGUCGCCAUCGUCACUUUUCCGGGAUAAACAUAUAAUUUUAAUCCAGCCCGCGUGAACUCGAAGCGUAGUACUCAAUUAAUUAUUCAUGACUUCCUCGUCUGCCAUUGGCCCACAGGAUCAGAAAAGGAACUGAAUUGUGAUUGGAUAAACCUUAGGUCGUCCGCAGUGCUCUUGGAAAACUAGCAUUGGAAAGUAAGCUGCAGCGCUCGAGUUUAUUGCGGGUAUGCUAUCGACUAACAAUAGAAUUAACUUUAACAAAUCUAGUCGUGCAUAGUACAGUCGUUACAUACACUUUAGGGAUAUACCUAUCCAGCAACAGUACUUGUAAUAUUAUUGUUAUUUGCCAGCUAGGUAUGUUGCCAACCUGAUAUUGUAGUUAGCUUCCCAUUUCACAUGAGCUAAUUGACUAAUUAAUUUCCAUGACCUAUCCAAAAAAAUAAAGAAAGAACCUUGCUCUUUUGCAUAAGCUAGCUAAGGUAGCUAACAUGAACAUUUUGAGCUCUGACACUCCGACGCGCUCGAAACAUUGUUAACCAAAACGAACACUACUAGGUGGGUACUACGAAAGUCGGUUUGACGAGAUUCAGUCACUUCCAGUCAUGGCAGCAGGUUUUCCAGGAGUUAGACUGGGACGUGCAACAGUCAGGUGGUUACAGUCACAGUCCUCUUCACCUUUGGGGGUGAUUGGAUGUCGGCUCCCUGUCAUGCCUGGUAUCUUUUCGGGCCUUCCAUCGCAAAAACAGAUUCGGCUUGUCCAUGUGGCUGGAAACCAGUCGAACUCGGCCAACAGUACAGUGCUACGCAGGCUGCCUUUCGCUACCGUUUCCCAGCACGACCUGGAGUUCUUCAACAAAGUGUUGCCCGGCAGAACCAUCACAGACCCGGAUCUACUGGAGUCCGGCAAUGUGGACUGGCUGAAGUCGGUGAAGGGAUCCAGUAAACUGUUGUUGAGACCCCAGAGUACAGAGGAGGUUUCUCAAAUUCUCAGGUACUGCAAUGAACGGCGGCUGGCAGUAAAUCCCCAGGGUGGAAACACAGGCUUGGUAGGAGGGAGCGUGCCUGUUUUUGAUGAGAUCAUCCUCUCCACCGCCCUCAUGAACCACGUCCUGAGCUUCGACCGCGUGUCUGGUAUCCUGACCUGUCAGGCUGGUUGCGUGCUGGAGAACCUCUCCAGCUACCUGGAGGAGCUUGGCUUCAUCAUGCCUCUGGAUCUGGGGGCCAAGGGCAGCUGCCAAAUUGGGGGUAAUGUGGCAACCAAUGCAGGUGGCCUGAGACUGCUGCGCUAUGGGUCCCUGCGUGGCACAGUGCUUGGCCUGGAGGUGGUGCUGGCUGAUGGGAAGAUUUUGAACUGCCUGGUUGGUCUGAGGAAGGACAACACAGGCUAUGACCUGAAGCAGCUCUUCAUUGGCUCUGAAGGGACGUUGGGGGUCAUCACAGCCGUUUCUAUUCUGUGCCCACACAAACCGAAGUCAGUCAACGUGGCCUUUUUGGGGUGCUCCAGCUUCCAGCAGCUUCUGGAGACCUUUCAGUGUUGCAGGGGCAUGCUGGGAGAGAUCCUCUCUGCUUUUGAGUUCUUGGACAGUUCUUGUAUGAAACUUCUGGAAACGCAUCUGAAACUGGUCAAUCCCAUUACAGAGAGCCCAUUCUACAUCGUCAUAGAAACAUCUGGGUCUAAUGAAGCCCAUGAUGAGGAGAAGCUUCACAACUUCCUGGAGACGGUCAUGUCAUCAUCAUUGGUGAUUGAUGGAACAGUUGCAACAGAAGAAUCAAAAAUUAAGGCACUAUGGGCAAUGAGAGAACGUGUCACAGAGGCCCUAACGCAUGAUGGCUAUACAUACAAAUACGACAUCUCCCUGCCGGUGGAGAAGAUCUACCAGCUGGUGACCGACAUGCGUGAACACCUCGGGGACAGAGCAAAGAAUGUGGUUGGCUACGGACAUGUAGGCGAUGGAAACCUCCAUCUGAAUGUCACCUCCCCCACCAAAGACCCCGCUCUCCUGGCGGCCAUCGAGCCCUAUGUCUACGAGUGGACAGCGAGGUUCCGGGGCAGCAUCAGCGCCGAACACGGGCUGGGCCUGAAGAAGAAGAACUACAUCCACUUCAGCAAACCCCCUGAAGCUGUGGCCAUCAUGGGGAACAUCAAGAGCAUGCUGGACCCUCACGGGAUCCUUAACCCCUACAAGACCCUGCCGGACUACCUUUCCUGAAGGAGGGUUAUUUUGGCCUAGCCAGGCCGAAACAACAUUUUCACCUACCUCAGAACCUCAGAGAUUUUCACCACUUUGGCGAACUCUUGCGCCAGUGUCACAGGGUAAUAAUCCAAAAUCGGACACACUGGCUAGUAAGAAUAAGCUAUUGGACAGUAAGAAUUUGCGAUGGGGUCUAUGAGUAUCAGUGGAACAGCGAGGCUUGCGUGAACACUGCGAUCGGGGCUGCCAUCACAUCACAUCACAUUACAUUAUAUGUCAUUAUUGCCAUUUGGCAGACACUCUUAUCCAGAGCGACGUACAGCAACUGCAUACCCAUAACCAGGGUCAAGUGAGCUGAAAGAUCCUAGAGGGAAGUACAAUUUCAAGUGCUAACCUUACAACAAAUAUAAGGACUAGGAUAGAUAGAAACUGAUCUAAAAGCAAAUAAAUACAGUCCUCUCCAAAAGUACUGGAACAGCAGGGUCAAUUCCUUUGUUUUUGCAAUACACUAAAGACAAUUGAGUUUGAGAUGCUCUGUUCCAAUAAUUUUGCUCCCUAAAAAUUGGAUGGUAUGAUAUCAAAGGUGCUAAGUAGUUACACACAUCUCAACUCCAAAUGUAUUCAGUUCAUUGCAAAAACAAAGGAAUUGGCAUUUCUGUUCCAAUAGCUUUGGAGGGGACUGUAAUUGAAUAAAAUACCCAUUUUUGAUCUGGGUUCCUCAUGCAUUCUAAAAAGUGAAAUAUUUGAGAGAAUGUAUUAUUGAGUAUUAGUAUUAAAUAGUAAUCCUGCAACUUUGGAAUUGAUAAGCUAUUGAAUGGAAUUUCAAAUACCAAAUAAAUGCAAUCUAUACACAAUGUGAUGAAAAACUACCUUGCCUCUAAUAAAAAAUAAAAAAUAAACUGAUUCAGCAAAGCUGCUGUGAACAUGUUUUAUUGCAUGUACAAAAAAACGCAAUAAGCAACAUUUUUGAAAGGUAAACAAAUGUGACAUUUUAAAACGGACAACUAUCUCUUCAGGAGGCCGCUGCUUAUACAAGUACCUUUGCAAUUGUGUAAUGUGUUUUCAUAGAAACACUGACACAAAGUAUAAAGGAGGUGGCUUUUAAACUCCAACUGGGGUAGUUUAAUAAAUUGUUCAAAUAUAAUGUGCUGUUGAGUCAUGGUUAACCAGCAUGUUUAUUGUAGCUACCAUUACUGUAAAACCUGAUGAUCGCAUCAAAAUCAUUUCCUGCCAACUGCUGUUAUGACUAAGCCAUUAGGUGCACAGCCUCCUUUGCAAAGUUAAUUCACCCAAUGCCACAUUAUAGCCCACAGGGACAACAUGCUGUCCAAUUGUGGUCCUGUACCACUGGGUGCUAAUGUGUGACGACAGUUAGCAACUCACCAGGAGAGUCGAGCCAAAGGCAACACUGAGAUAAUAAAUGUGCAGUUGGUUACACUGGUCGUGAUUCUACAGAUAGAAAUGGGACAGUAUUCCACAAGCCCUAAACCUGAAAGACCCCAAAUAUCAGAGUUGCCAGCUAUCACAUGAAUAAAUAUCUUUGUCCUUCUUUCUUUGGGUUUAAGUGGUUAUAGAUUUGGAGUAAGAGUAUUCCAAGUACCCCGCCUCCACAAUGGUCCUGCUCUGGACCAGGAAGUGUGCAACACAGCAUUCUCAUAGGCCGUUUACUCUGCACCCUUUGCUGAUUGGCUGACUUAAGUGAUUAU